AUGACGGAACCUAUUACGGGACUGGGAUUUGUGGCUUCACUUUCUCGGGUUAUAGGGCAGUAUGUUCCAGUUAAAAGGACAAAAGAUACCAAUGAAGACGCUGACUUGGGCAAGGAAAAUUUAUUUCGCAGAUCAUCCAGAUAUUUGGUUUUGGAAAGGAGAACUUGCAGUUCUACACAUCCGCAUGAUGUCAUUGUUGAAAUUCGCUUAGUUAGCUCUAAAGAACAUGUUCCCUCAGAUUUUACAUUGGUUGAACGGACUCUAGAUAGCAUGGAAAGGUGCUUUAAAGGGAAGUAUAUUUGUGUAAAGUUCGAGGCUUGGAGGCCAAAUAUGACUGCUAUAACUGAUGUGGCUAUUUUCAAAAGUACCGAAGGACUUUCUGGCCAUACAACUGUCGGUGAGAUUUCGGACCAACGGUAUUUAGCAUACGUUCAGUCAGCACUCGGUUCUUCUUCUUCUAAGAAAAAGGCACCUGAACGCCCUGUUGAGACCCCUCGAAAACCGGUCGUUUAUUGUCGUAAGUAUUUCUCAAUUUCACCCAACGCUAUGAGUGUUCGAGUGUGUGUUUUAUGA